GACCACUAACUGCCCAUCCACCUCCUUUCCCCUGUAUUUCCUUCAGCAACCCCCUACCCAGGGUUUCCCCACCCAAAGCAACAGCCCCCACCACUGAGGCUCUGCCCUUUAUCCUCAGGUUUCCCCACCAAGAAUCAGCAGCUCCCUCCAAAACCUUCGCGGCCCUCUUGGGCCCUCUUUCAACCAAGGGUACUAGAGUUGUGUACACAAGUUCUCUCAGUUCUCAGCUUUCCCGCCUUUCCAGAAUGGGUUUAAACACACUGGUACCUUCCCAGCCUGGGUUCCCACGGUGGCAUCUGAGCCUCCUGGUUGCCCCUCUUUGAGGGCUGACUCUUCCCAUAGGAACCCUCCCCCUCCCACAUUCAUCAGGGUUAGUCUCUUCACCCUGCUCCCUCCCCUCCAGCUGCUCACUCUCCCCCUCCCUGCCCCUCUUGCUGUGGGCCUCACUGUCCUCUGGCCUCUGCAGAGCUACGCCAAUGGGAAGAGCAAGGGGAGCUGUUCCUGCCCCUCACCUUCCUGCUCCUGGUCCUGGGCUCCCUGCUGCUUUAUCUGGCUGUGUCACUCAUGGACCCGGGCUAUGUGACUGCUCAGCCCCAAUCUCAGGAGGAGCCCAAGGAGGAACAGACAGCUAUGGUACCUCAGGCUAUCCCACUCCGGCGUUGCAGAUACUGCCUGGUGCUGGUGGGUGAUGUACACAUACUCUUGUGGAAGGAACCGGGACCAAGUUCAGAAUCCUUGCCCUGGCGCCCUAGCACCUUGGCCUUGCCUCUCCUCCAGGAAGGCCUCCCAAAUUUAGGACCUGACUGUGGCCUUCAGUCCUCUCAGAAUGCCCUGGGGGAGCCAGCACUGAGCCUAGACUCCCCUCUGUGCCCACAGCAGCCCCUGCGAGCCCGACACUGUCGUGACUGCCGCCGAUGUGUUCGCCGCUAUGACCACCACUGUCCCUGGAUGGAGAACUGUGUGGGUGAACGCAACCACCCACUCUUCGUGGCCUAUCUGGCACUGCAGCUGGUGGUUCUCCUGUGGGGCCUGUAUCUAGCAUGGUCCGGCCUCCGGUUCUUCCAGCCCUGGGGGCUGUGGCUACGGUCUACCGGGCUCCUGUUUGCCACCUUCCUGCUGCUUUCCUUCUUCUCAUUGGUGGUCAGCCUGCUCCUGGCCUCACACCUCUACCUGGUGGCCAGCAACACUACUACCUGGGAGUUCAUAUCCUCACACCGAAUUGCCUACCUCCGCCAGCGCACCAGCAACCCCUUUGACCGGGGUCUGACUCGAAACCUGGCCCACUUCUUCUGUGGGUGGCCCUCUGGACCCUGGGAGACUCUCUGGGCUGAAGAAGAGGAGGAAGGCAGUAGCCAGGCUGUCUAGGGUUGCUGAAGAGAAGGUGCCAUUGUGCCUAAAAUCCGGAGGCUAUGCCCCCAGAGACCAGCCCAGUUAGUCUGAGCUCUUUACUCCCCAGAGCUCUCAGCCCU